AUGAAAAAGUCAACUCUCGCUUAUGUGAUUGAUCAAUGGUCGGUGGUGCCCCCAGUAGAGACAGCAAACCUGUCUGGGAAAACAGUUCUCGUCGUCGGCGCCAAUGUAGGCAUUGGACUCGAGGCAUCAAAACACUUCGCCCGUAUGCGACCAGCGCGGUUGAUAAUUGCCUGUCGCAACGAGGCCAAGGGGAAGGUCGCUUUGGUUGAAAUCGAGUGGGAGACCGGAUACAAUGGAUGCGAGCUCUGGAUAGUCGACCUUGCCAACUUUGCAUCAGUGACCGCAUUUGCUGAUAAAUUCGAGAAGGAGGGCGGCGAUUUGCAUAUCCUGGUUAUGAACGCAGGGAUCGCGCAGCCCGAUUACCAACUCACCACUGAUGGCUGGGAGUCUGUACUACAAGUCAAUCAUCUUGCAACGUCAUUACUUUCGUUGCUCCUCAUUCCACGACUAAUUGCUGCGGGGAAAAAGUCUUCAACACCUUCACGAAUAGUAAUUGUGUCCAGUGAAUUCCACUACUGGAUCACGCCCGCGAAAGAGGUCCAGGCCUCCUCGAAACCACUUAAAACGUUGAGCAGCCAAGAGUGGUGUAUCCCCGAGCACAUGAAAUCCCGGUAUCAUGAGUCAAAGCUGUUGAAUGUCUUCUUCGUUCGCGCCUUAACGGACAGGCUGCAAUCCAUCACACCACUCAGUGUCGUAGCCGUGAACCCAGGAUUUUGUCAUUCACAACUACUGCGCGUCUGGUUCGAGACAACAACCUUUUCAUUUUCCACAAUAGUGCUCGCCAUUAAGAAGCGUCUCUUGGCUUGGACGGCCGAACAAGGCAGCCGUCAGCUUAUAUUUGCUGCAGUGGGCGGACGAGACAAUGAAGAGAAUAUGAAAGGCGGGUACGUGAGCCUUGGUCGCAUCGUCGAAGUUGCCGAUUUCGUGCUGAGCGACGAGGGCCAUAAAAUGCAAGACACUAUUUGGAAUGAGACGAUAGAUAUUCUGAACCGAGUUUCCGACAAGAUUGCUCCAAUAGUCCAGGAUUAUCUAGUAGUACCAUAAACUGAAAUGUACACGGGUGUAAGUGUACGGAAUAGUAGUGCUUGCCUUUUGCUACAUUGUCGAGACUUGUAAUUUUAUCUC